AUGUCCAUUUUCCAAGGGUCCUCAUGGCCUGAGGUCCGUGCGAAGCUCUUCACCCAGCAGCCUCAAUACCCCCGCGCAUCGGCAGUAGUCAGCAAGACCCGUGACUCCUUUGCCGACGAGGUUGAAGAGUUUCAUAUUCUCGGCGCUGGAAAGUUGGAAGCAUCCCGACGAACGGGUCCCCCAGUUCCCAUCAUCCUUGGAGAGACCAGUCCGCAAGACUUGAUCGCGGAAUUCGGGCCUCCCGAUGCGAUAUACCGUAAACAUGACCGCCGCAUUUCUAUUCACCGCGCAAAUGGUACCAGCGGCGCAGAUCCUUUGAAUCCGAAUCUAUCGCCAGGAAGAGGCAUGGAUCUACCCGAUACUGAUCAUUCUUCCACUAAUAGUAUCACUGAUGAUUCCGAUGAAGAGACAUCCGCAGGACAAGUCAGCGAUCCAGGCUCCUUACCAGUCGAAAGCUUCUUCAAUUAUUUCCAUCAUGGAUUUGAUGCAUUCAUUUCACACCCGUCUACACCUGGCCCUGCGUUCCCUGCCUCUGGCAUGCCAGACCCGACCACCCCAUCACUUCCGUCUACUCAGUUGGCCGUGACCAAGAUCAUCUUACACGGCAAUGUUCCGGGGUCAUACCCGUUCAACCGCCACCGUCGAAGUCGCUGGAAUAUUCAUCUGGAUCAAGUCAGCGAAGGAUUAAAUGCAGAGUCGCCUUACGAUGAGAUCUCGGAGCGGCUACGUGGGGUAUGGAAAGGGUCCUAUUCUAGCCCGGGAGAGGAGCGUGCUACGCAGCGACCGAUGGUUUUGAACCGGGGCUGGGGUGAUAGUCCUGAGAGCAGUGUUGAAUUUCUCGGAGGUUGGGAGGAGACCACCGCCAAAGGACAACGUUCCGCUGCAGAUGGACAUGACGGUGGGUUGGGCAACACGGAACUCUUUGGAUUCCCGGGACUCUUAUUCGAAGUCUUGAAGAACGGCGCUGUCAGCUCUCUAACCGUCUACUGA